AAAUUACUGAGUGAAUGAACUAAGAGGGGUAUCAGCACAUGCUCCCAUUGUACAACACAGAUGCAUACGCUCUCUUUAGCUAAACCUUUGCUGUUCUCCACUGUCAAUUCUACCACUCGCUCCACCAUAAGCCAUAGCACACACGCUACUCAAUGCACAGCUACGGCAUUGAACAUUAAUCUCUGCCAUUUUGGUGCUCCGAGAAACCGAGCAAGCGUGUGAAUUGAAAUACCAAACAACAAAAGAGCCGUUUUCUGACGUUUUCCUUGUGUGCUUCAAGGUUUUUAUCUGUUGAUUCGUUUGUGAAUGAGAAGUGGUGAAACGACAAAGGAGCAUUUUCGGUUUGGUGCAUAUUCUCGACGAGAGGUGACUCUACGGCAAACCAGUGUGUGUGCGGUCAGUUGUUGUCGUUGUGUUCGAUGUCAAAGUCGCAAUAGGCAUGUGUAGUCGCGGCGCAUAAAUUAAAAGAAUCGAGGAAUAGUUAAUAUUUUGUAAGAUAUUUGCGUUAAUUGGUUAAUGCUUUGUAGAAACGAUGGCGACAUUGAAAGCGCAUAAUAGCAGCGUCGUCGGCAAAUAUACGAAACUUCAAUAACUCUUGAGUUUAAGUAGGUAAGCAAAGGCUUGGAAGAAAAAGACGGCGCAAAGUAGGCAUCGGAAUUACGUACGAGAACCUUUAUAGAUACAUACAUAUAAACAAACAUACAUACAUAUGUACAAAUUGAGCCCUGCUAAAUUUAUCAAUUUGCAUUUUCCACUUGCAUUGUACAUGAGCUAUGUAUGCAUGAUACAUUACAUACUCAUAAAACGCCUGAAAAUUGACGAUAUCUAAAAAAUUGGCAAAUAAAGCCACCCACUUAGUCGGCAUAAACGGCACUGGGGCAUAAAACGGGCACGCAGCGGAGUGGCUACUAACAAAUUUCGCAUCCAUAUGUUUGUCAGUAUUUAUUUAUUUACCAACUCCAACCAGCGACUGCGGUGCAUUUUGUGAAGCACGUUGUUGUGCUGUGCACGAAACACGAGUGUGAACGCAAAGUAGAAAAUAAAACAAGAAAAUCCGCAAUGCAAAUACCUGCACUAAUUAUGCCAAAAAUACCGAAUUUCAACAAGCCGAUGUGGCUGCUCCACACUCUGUUCUUCUUAAUUUUGUGCCGCGCUGCCCUAACCUUGGCGAAAUCGGACACGUCUAACCAAAGCCAACAACAAAUUGGCAGCAAUUAUGCUCUAAAAGGAAAACUAAUAUUUGCACAUGUGCUUUACCGCCACGGUGAUCGAACGCCAAUUGAACCGUACCCAACGGAUCCAUGGAAAAAGCGAGAGUACUGGCCAGUCGGUUGGGGCGAGCUGACCAAUAUAGGUAAACAACAACACUAUGAGCUGGGUAAAUGGCUGCGACGACGCUAUGAUUCACUGUUGAAUCUCACCUAUUCCGAAGAUGAGGUUUACAUACGUUCCACAGAUGUGGACCGCACACUGGCGAGUGCAAUGUCUAAUUUAGCAGGAUUGUAUCCACCAGUGGGCAAUGAAGUUUGGAAUAAGGAUAUAGCCUGGCAACCGAUACCGGUACACACGAUUCCAGAGCGAAUUGAUAAGGAAUUGGCUGGCAAAGCUCCUUGUGCUGCCUACGAUUAUGCGCGCUCCGUCGUUUUAAAUUCCAGCGAAUUUCAAAAGCUUAAUCAGCGCUUCCAAUAUUUAUAUGACUACUUAACUAAGUAUUCGGGACGCAAGGUGGACACACUGGAGGCUGUACAACGUAUGAAUAACACGUUCUUCAUUGAAGCACUGUAUAAUCGAACGCUGCCCGAUUGGGCCAAGAAGGUGUAUCCCAGCGCAGAUAUGACGUAUAUAGCUGAUUUUGCAUUUUCUAUAGGCACGUAUACGCGGCGUAUGGCGCGCCUCAAGAUCGGUCCAUUGAUAAAAGAGAUGCUACACCGUUUUGCCGAUAAGGCGCGUGGGUCACUGAAACCCAAUCGCUCUGUGUGGAUUUACAGCGCACACGACACAACUGUGGCGAACGUUUUAAACGCGCUCAAGUUGUAUAAUUUGAAAAGCCCUGGCUACACAGCGUGCGUACUAUUCGAGCUGCGUCUAGAUGAGAACAAUCAUCCAUUUGUUUCGAUUUUCUACAAGAACACUUCAGCCGAACCGGCAUUGCUGAGCAUACCUGACUGUGGCGUUGCGUGUCCGCUGGCGAAAACAUUCGAAAUCUAUAAAGACAUAUUGCCUGUGAAUUGGGAGCAGGAAUGCAAAUUGAGUACAAUGAUGAUGACGUACGAUGAGGCUAAUAUUGGCAUGGCAAUGGUUAUUCUUGGUUCGAUUAUCUGCGCCAUGUUAGUGCUUUCCUACAUUUUUUUGAUUUACUAUCGCCGUCGUCGAUACAGCACGUAUGCCUAUGCACAAAUGGCCUAAUUGUUGACAAUUGAUAUGACCGGACAACAACUCUUCGACAACCUGACCCCAACCAGCUGCAAAACAAUCGGCACAAAUUUGAUGUUCCUCUCUCUGUAUGUUAAUGAAUAACCUUAAUGUUUUGCAUUUCAUUUUAAUAUCAGAUAAAUUUGAUAUUUAACAAUUGAAUUGCAUUUUCGGAUGUGUGUGUGCUUGUAAAUGCAUUGAUUGUGAUUCACAUUUUUAGUCGACAACUUUGCUGUAAUAUCCAAUUAAGACGUUUUAUAUUACCAUAUACAUAAUUAUCUGUGUAUGUAUACAUAGCAAAAUACAUACAUUUUUAUACGUUAAACUAAAUUCGUAUUCUACUAUAUAAUUUAAGAAUGUUAGUUGGCCUAACAAAGAACCAUAUAUUUUCUAAAUAUUGAACUCGUUUAGUUUAAUUUGUGUAUCUAUAGGUUCGUGAAACUGUAACAAAUUUAAUUUUAUAUUUAUGUUUUACUUUACAUUCUGAGAAAAAACCAUUUUAAGUUUAUUAAUAAUAGACGUGUCGUUAUUACUCACAAAACUAAUUUUUUGUGUUCACAAAUAUGCCUACUGGAAUGGUGCUUAUUGCCACAUACAUUUACACAAACAUUUAUAGAAUUUAACUGUAAUUCGUUUUUUGUUCAUUUAUCCAUUUGUACGCAUCUGUUAUUCGUCCUUUGUCCUUUUCUUAUAAUAAUAUUCAUAUGUACAUAUAAAAAAUGGGCGCAAAUGUGUAGCCAUAAAGAUGCAAGUAAUUUGUGUUAAAA